CCCUUCAUUGGCAAGAACACAGAUCUUCUCUUAAGUCCCACUCUUCCCUUCCUUGCUUCUUCUCUGCUCCAGAGCCAAACUCUCUUUGGCUAAUUUUUUUACAUAAAACAAAAUGGCCAUUAAGCUCCCUAAUACGUUCAUUAAAGCCACCUCACUUCUCUCCUUAAUCCUCUAUUUCCUAAUAACAGCAACACUUAGUCCUACCUUGGUUUUAGCUGAUGAAGACGUUGUCGACCAAGAUGAAGACCCGGAGUACUACAUUCUUGACGAAGCUCCCUCGAUACUAUCCAAUAUGACUAUUUCAUCCAAAACCAGGCUACUAGUUUCCCAGUACAAGAAGAUCAAGAAAGGAAUGAGAUGUCACGUCGUGAGUUACAAUAUUUGCAAUGGCGUAAAAGCGAACAACGGGACAAGCCUAUUGAAUUGCUGCAAGAAGCAUUGUCGGAAUAUCCUAGGAGAUAUGAAUAACUGUGGUCGAUGCGGUCACAAAUGUGGUUUCGGGCAACGUUGUUGUGGUGGAGUUUGCACUUACGUUAACUUUAACCCUAACCAUUGUGGGAAAUGCACGAGGAAAUGUGCAUCGGGGGUCAAAUGUGAGUACGGGUAUUGUGGGUAUGCUUGAUUUUAAAUAUUAAAGAAAAUAAAGAGACGAAAAUGAGUGCUAUAUCGUAAUUUUGAGUUGUUUUCUAGUUUUGGUUUUCUUGAGGGAACCGUUAUUAUUAGCAUACGUAAGAAUUUCACUUCUACAAAAUCUUCAUGCAUAGGCAUGUUAUGAUUUUGUAAGUGAGUAUACAAAUAUAUGUAAACACAAAAAUUAUUAUUUAAUAAACAUAAAUAAAUAAAAUAUUAUACUCUUGAUCAUUUUUUCGUCGGUUCUUUUACAAUAUAGUUGAGAUCCAUUUGUUGGUUUCAUAGAUUAAUUCAUUCAUCUUAUUUUAGCUAUGAUUAUACAAAAUGUCAACAAACGAAGAAAUGAGAUACAAAGAAACAAAAAAAAAAAAACUGAUUAU